GGGAGUUUCAUUUUUUAAUUGAUCUCGACCUGAAGGACAGUUCGUAAUAGUUUUCAGCCCGAUGCUCAACCAACUCGGAGGUCGGUCGAGUUUGUGCUGGUAGGGAAGCGAAAGUACAUCGAAAUUAAUGAAAUAAAAAGUCACUCAAUUGUUUUGGGCACCAAGCUUUGGCUUGUCGCAUGGUGGUUCAAUGCCAUGUUCGCCCCGAGGAACGUGAUGCACGCAAUGAUUUGCACGACGAAGCAGCUACCGGGGUGCACGCCGACCUUGUUUAGUGGCCUCGUCUGGGCCAGCCAACACGAGAAUGCGACUAAACUAAACAAGGCAGCGCCAAGGGAUGCCGCCUUGGUAAAGCUCACCAGACACGACUUGGACGGGCAACACGCAACGAGGGCGAUGGAGCCUAAGAAUGCCACUGUUCCGAAGAGGACUGACAACAUGGACAACGCAAACGAACUCUUUCCAACGCUUCCACAUGAUAGCACCAGGAAUGAACGGAAAGCUGCGGCGUCCACUCCCGUGACGGACACGAAGGGGGUGAGAUCGAUGUCUAUCGGCUCGGACGACGACCGCAACACAUCGCACACGCUCCGUCCAGCGACAUCGUCGUUUUGGCGCAGGUGCGGAGUAUUUGUUGUGUUGAGUACAAUUCGCCCCGCAGAAUAGAAACUAAAGCACGUGUCCACGACGUGGCUACUCAGAUUUACACCAGUGUUGUACUCGGUGUUCACGCAGUAGCCCCAGACACCAGUGGAGAACUUGAUAUCCGUGAGCGGAUGCAUGGGGGACUCACUCAUGGACCAAUUCGGUGCAAGGAAGGACAAUGUCGAGAAGAUCAGCGCCGCCGCCAUCACCAUGACGGCCACAACACCCGUCGUUGAGCAGCCCAUUUC